AUGGCCUUCCAAUCCGCCCCGCAACCCCUUCCCCCAACCACAAUCCACCGCUCCAGUUCAAAAACCCACCGCAUCUCCCCCUCCGUCGCCCACGACUUCCUCUCCGCCUACCUCGACCGAGCCGCCACAGACCCCAGCCUACAACCCGACUCCACCCUCUCCACCCACGGGCCAGUCUCCGCAAACGCAGGCUCUGCGCCAAACCUCGUCAUCCACAAUUUGAAGCGCGUCCAGGCAGGAUUAGCGGGGGAGGAUUUGGAGAUCUAUGAGCGGGCGCAGGAGGUUAUGGACGUUGGGGAGGGGGAGGGGGAGGAGGGGGAUCAGGCGCAGAUGUCGAUGCAAAUGCAGAUGGAUACUGAUCAAGGUUUUGAGGCUGGGGUUGGACAAGAGUCGGGCGUGAUUGAUAAGGAGGAGCGGAAGAGGAAGAAGAAAGAGAGGCGGAAGGAGGAGAAGAGGGUUAAAUCGAAGGCUACGACUACACGGUGA